GGGGGGGGGGGGGGGAUAGAGGGGAUAGAGUGUUGGAUCAUUCUCAUCUAAUCUAGCCUGUCGCUCUGUUAUCUAUCUCUCCACCGAACCAAAACGAAACCGCCGCCACCCGCUCGCCGGUCACCCUGUCUCCUUUCUCACUGUCUACCUCCGUCAGUCAAAUACACAGCGCAGUCACAACUGCUGAGCAGAUUUAUACAACACCCCUCCGACCCAGCAGCAUGCCCUCGGAGGGGGACAUCGAGAUGCACAGUCUCGCCGCCAAGGAGGACAUAAUGCUGGCCCAGCAGGGCAGCAGCAGCAACCACAGCAUGCGCCGCGAGCCCAUAUACGACGACAACACGCGCGGCCCCAGCGCCCUCCGCCGCUGGGCCGACAGCUUCCGACGCGACCCGGGCAUACGCAUCACACCAAAGGAGGUCCCCCUGUAUCUAGACCGCGAUCAGGUGCACCACCACCACAUUCACCACGAGCAGUACCACCACCCGCCGCCGCCACUACCGCCCCAGGUGCCCAUGCGCGAACACGAUGGCGAGCGAUACUACGACCUGCGCAGCGCCACUCUGGCUACCGUCAACACUGGCCUGUCGCGCGAGCUCAAGGGCCGCCACCUGCAGAUGAUAGCCAUAGGAGGCUCCAUAGGAACUGGUCUGUUUGUCGCAUCCGGCAAGGCCCUCGCCACCGGCGGGCCCGCCUCGGUCUUGCUGGCAUAUUGUAUCAUCGGCGUCAUGCUGUACUGUACCGUACAUGCCCUGGGAGAGCUGGCCGUCGUGUUCCCAGUCGCAGGUUCCUUCUCGGCGUUUUCGACCCGCUUCCUGGAUCCUUCCUGGGGGUUUGCGAUGGGAUGGAACUACGCCCUGCAGUGGCUUGUCGUUUUACCCCUCGAAAUAAUAGCAGCCUCCAUGACUAUACAAUACUGGGAUCCCAGCGUGAAAAGAGCCGUGUUUGUGGCAAUAUUCUUGAUGGUCAUAUUGGUCAUCAACUUGUUCGGCGUCAAGGGAUAUGGUGAAGCCGAGUUUAUAUUUGCCAUAGUCAAGGUGACGGCUGUUAUUGGCUUCAUACUCCUGGGCAUCGUCAUAAAUGUCGGUGGCACCACAACAGAGGGAUACAUCGGGACCAAGUAUUGGCACAACCCGGGCGCAUUCAACAAUGGCUUCAAGGGGCUCUGCUCCGUCUUUGUCCAGGCCGCCUUUGCGUUUGCCGGUACGGAGCUCGUCGGCCUCGCCGCCGCCGAGACGGCCAACCCGAGAAAAUCUCUCCCGACGGCCAUCAAGCAGGUCUUUUGGCGCAUCACGCUCUUCUACAUCGUGGCCCUGACCAUCGUCGGCUUCCUGGUUCCGUACGACUCGAAACGCCUGCUGGCCAGAAACAUCGCCGACGCCGCUGCGUCCCCCUUUGUCAUCGCUAUCGAGAGCGCCGGCAUCGAGGUUCUUCCGUCCAUCAUGAACAGCGUUAUCCUCAUCGCGGUGCUCAGCGUCGGCAACAGCGCCGUCUUCGGCUCCAGUCGCACCUUGGCCGCCCUCGCCGACCAGGGCCAGGCCCCGCGCAUCUUGGCCUACGUCGACCGCCGCGGCCGCCCCCUUGUGGCCAUUCUUCUCAGCAUGUCUAUCGGCCUGCUGGCCUUUGUGGCCGACUCGGAUAUACAGCAGGAGCUGCUCGACUGGCUCCUCGCCAUCUCGGCCCUCAGCUCCAUCUUCACCUGGGGCAGCAUCUGCCUGUCGCACAUACGCUUCCGCCGCGCCUGGAGCAAAAAGGGCCGCUCGCUCGGCGAUCUCGCCUUUCGCGCCCAGCCGGGCCUGGCCGGUUCGUGGAUCGGCUUUUUGCUAAACGCCAUCUUCCUCGUCGCCCAGUUCUGGGUCGGCGGCUGGCCGCUCCCACCCGUCACGGGCGAGGAGAUGACGCCCCUCUCCAUCGCCGGCGAGUUCUUUCUGCAGUGCAUGGCCAUCCCCAUCGUCCUCAUCAUGUGGCUCGGCCACAAGCUCUACUACCGCACCAGCCUCGUCCGCACCGACGACAUGGACAUCGACACGGGCCGCCGCGACUUUAACCUCCCCAUCCUCAUGGCCCAGGAGUACGAGGAAAAGCUCAACUGGCCGCGCUGGAAGCGUCUGUAUAGGUUCUUUUGCUGAUUUUUCCAUUUGGGAUUUUCGGGGCGUUUAUUUCUAUUUUAUUUUCUGCAACUUUCAAAAACCUGAAAGCCACUUCCUCCUUUUUUUAUAUGAUUUUUCCGCCUCAUGACUUUUUUAAUGCGCCAUUUGUGCUGAGACGGAGGCUCUUUGAACCUGGAGGGUUUGCCAUCCGCAAUGGCUGUUCUCUCUGUACUCUGCCAUAUUUCUCCUUUUUUUCCUGUAUUUAAUUACAUAUACCCCACGAACGUGACCAUGAACAAUACAACAAUGACCUCGAAACAUCGAGGCCAUUUGUC